AUGUUUUCCUUCUUUCAAAUGUUUCUUUACUUUCUCUCUUUUUUCUUUCAUUUUUUUAUCCUUUUUAUCAUUAUAUUUUUCUAUAUCUAUAUUUUCUUAGCUAUAGGAGCUAUUCCGCCUUACAUCAAAUUCAUUCUCUCUUUUUUUUUUUUUUUUUUCUCUGGUUUUCUUUUUUUUCUUUCUCUCUUUUUUUUUUUCGCCUUCUUUUUCUCUGUUUUCUUUUUUUCUUCUUUCUCUCUUUUUUCUUUUUUUCUCCCUUCAAACUCCUUUUUCUCUUUCUUUUUCUUUUUUUCUUUCUCUUUCUCUCUGUUUUUCUUUUCGCCUUCUUUCUCUCUGUUUUUCUUUUUCUUUUUUCUUUUUCCUUUCUCUCUUUUUCUUUCUUUUUUCCUUUUCUCCUCUUUUUUCCUUUCCUCUCUCUUUUCUCUCUGUUUUUUCCUUUCUCUUUCUUUUGAAAAUUGUUUUUCUUUUUCUUUAAUUUUCUCUCUGUUUUUCCUUUCUUUUUCUUUUUCUCUGUUUUUCCUUUCUCUCUUUUUUUUUUUUUUUUUUCUUUUUCUCUCUCUUUUUCCUUUCUCUUUUUUCUCUUUUUCUUUUUUUUUCUCUUUUCUCUUUUUCUCUCUCUUUUUUUUUCCUCUUCUCUUUCUCUCUCUUUUUUUCCUUUCUCUCUUUCUCUCUGUUUUCUUUUUCUCUCUUUCUCUUUGUUUUUUUCCUUUUCUCUUUUCUUUUUUUUCCUUUUCUCUCUUUCUCUCUCUUUUUUUAAUUCUCUCUUUCUCUCUGUUUUUCCUUUCUCUCUCUUUCUCUCUGUUUUUCCUUUCUCUCUCUUUCUCUCUGUUUUUCCUUUCUCUCUCUUUCUCUCUGUUUUUCCUUUCUCUCUCUUUCUCUCUGUUUUUCCUUUCUCUCUCUUUCUCUCUGUUUUUCUUACUUUUUUUCUUUCCGUUUGCCAUUCUUUCUUUUUUCUUUCCGUUUGCCAUUCUUUCUUUUUUCUUUCAGUUUGCCAUUCUUUCUUUUUUCUUUCCAUUUGCCUUUCCUUCUUUUUUCUUUCCAUUUGCCUUUCCUAUCUUCUUUCUUUCCAUUUGCCUUUCCUAUCUUCUUUCUUUCCAUUUGCCUUUCCUAUCUUCUUUCUUUCAGACUGGUUUCCUAUUUUCUUUCUUUUCAAAUGAUUCUCUUUCUUCUUUUGUUUUUAACUCUUUCUCUCUCUCUCUCUCUCUCUUACUUUUCCAACAUUUUCUUUCUCCCGUUUCAUCACCAUUCACUCUCUCUCUCUCGUUUUCUCAUCAUUUUUUCUCAUUGUCACUUUCUCACUCUUUUUCUCUUUCUCAUCAUUUUAUUUCUUUCUCUCUUUCUCUCUCUCAUUUUCUUACCAGUUUUCUCUCAUGUUCUUGCUGUUUAUCUCUGUCUCUCUCUCACGUUCUGUCCAGUUAUCUCUUUCUCACUUUCUUAUCAGUAUCUCUCUCUCACUUUCUCGAUUGUUUUCUCUCUCACUUUCUCACCAGUUUUUUUUCUCUCUCUCUCUCUCUCUCCUUUUCACCAUUCUCUACUACUUUCUCACCCUUUUUCACUCUCUCAACAUUCUCUGUUAUAUUUCCUUACCAUUCAUUCUCUCUUACUAUUUCAUCAUUUUUCUCUUUCUCACUAGCUUUCUUUCACUCUCUCUUCACUUUCUCUAUUUUUUUCACCAUUUUUUGCUCUCACUAUUCUCUUUCUUUCACUUUUUCUCUCCCUUUCUUGCUCUCCUUAUUUUUUUCUCUUCUUCAUUAUCAUGAAACUUUUUCUCUCCUACUCGUUUUAUCCUCUCCUUUCUAUGUAUGUUUUUCCUUCUCUUUCCUUUCAUUCUCUCCUUUUUCCUCAAUUUUCUUGCUCUUCUUCUCUAAUGCUUAUUUUUAUCUUCAUCCUCUUCCCCACUCUCUUUUUCUCAACAUUGUCUCUUCUUCUUUCUCUUUCUGUUUUAUCUUCUUUUUCCCACUCUUUUCUUUCCUGCUCUCUUUACCUUCUGCUUUCUUCUUUUCAGUCACUUUCUUUUUUUGUCUCUUUUCAUCAAAAUAG